AUGUCUACCACUCAGGAGAGCCUUGAGAAACUGGAGGCCGGUCGUUUCAGGUUCUUGAAUGAACAGCUGUAUACAAUGACUGGUUCGGAAGCUUGGGAAUACUUUAAAGAAGAUCCCGAUGCUUUCCGGUGUUAUCACAAUGGAUUUGCUGAGCAGGUGAAAAAAUGGCCGAACCAUCCUCUCUCUUCCAUAAUACGGUGGCUGAAGGCCAAACCAAGUGGAUCUGUUGUGUUCGAUAUGGGAUGCGGGGAAGCGAAAAUAGCGGCUACCGUUGGUGAAAUACAUAAGGUGCACUCCUUCGAUCUUGUUGCUGUCAACGAUUAUGUGACAGCAUGUGACAUGGCACAUUUACCGAUGGACGAUUUAUCAGCGGACAUUGUCGUGUUUUGCCUAUCUCUCAUGGGAACGAAUCUAAUCGAUUAUAUCAAGGAAACUAGGAGGGUACUGAAGCUAGGGGAUGGACAAUUUGCUCAUGCGGACGUGGUUGGAUCCAGAGGCAUACUGAAAAUUGCAGAAGUUGUUAGCCGCUUUGUUAAUGUGAAAUUGUUUUGUGAUGCUCUCUGCAAGUUGGGUUUUGAACUCACCGAAAAGGCGAGUUCUUUCUUCACCCCACUGGAAUCGAAGACCAUGUUUCAGAAACAGUUAAACGACUACUUCAUAAUGUUGGAGUUCAGAAAAACUGGCAAAGUUCAGAACAAAAGGCCUUUCGGGCUGAAAUUGAAACCUUGUUUGUAUAAGAAACGUUGA